AUGUGGAACUCUGCGGAGAACCUGUCAGUGAGGUCGGCGUCGUUCAGGGAAGACGAAGACGAUGAGGAGGCGCUCCGGUGGGCGGCGCUGGAGAGAUUGCCGACUUAUAGCAGAGUGAGGAAGGGCAUUUUCACGAACAUUGUUGGAGACUCCAAAGAAAUCGAUGUUAAGAAGCUUCAAGUUGAUGAGAGAAAAGUCGUGUUGGAUCGGCUUGUGAAUUCUGUGGAGGAUGAUUCUGAGAAGUUCUUCGAUCGGAUGCGGCGGCGUUUCGAUGCAGUAGAACUACAGUUUCCAAAGAUUGAGGUGCGAUUUCAGCAUCUGACUGUGGAGUCUUUUGUACAUGUUGGAAGCAGAGCACUGCCCACUAUUCCAAAUUUCCUUUUCAAUAUGUCUGAUGCUUUAUUAAGGCAGUUGCGGGUAUACCAUGGCAGGAGACAAAAGUUAACAAUUUUAGAUGAUAUUAGUGGGAUUAUUAGACCUUCCAGAUUGACACUACUUUUGGGUCCUCCAAGUUCUGGAAAGACAACACUGUUAUUGGCUCUUGCUGGCCGCCUUGGACAGGAUUUGCAGAUGUCAGGGAGCAUUACAUACAAUGGACAUAGUUUAAAUGAGUUUGUUCCUCAGAGGACAUCUGCUUAUGUCAGUCAACAAGAUUGGCACGUGGCAGAGAUGACAGUGAGGGAGACUCUUGACUUAUCAGCUCGUUGUCAGGGUGUUGGAUAUAAAUAUGAUAUGCUUCUGGAACUUUCACGAAGAGAGAAAAUUGCUGGAAUAAAACCUGAUGAAGAUCUUGAUAUACUUAUGAAGGCAUUAGCUUUAGGAGGCCAAGACACGAGCCUUGUUCUGGAGUACAUUUUGAAGAUUUUAGGUUUGGACAUUUGUGCGGACACACUAGUGGGAGAUGAAAUGCUUAAGGGAAUCUCCGGUGGCCAGAAGAAGCGGCUUACUACAGGUGAAUUAUUAGUGGGGCCAUCUAGAGUGUUGUUUAUGGAUGAAAUAUCAACCGGGCUAGAUAGUUCAACUACUUAUCAAAUCGUCAAGUAUCUUAGGCAUUCAACUCGUGCACUUGACGGAACUACAAUUAUUUCUCUGCUUCAACCUGCUCCUGAGACUUAUGAAUUAUUUGAUGAUAUUAUACUCAUGUGUGAGGGCCAAAUUGCUUACCAGGGGCCUCGUCAUGCUGCUCUUGAGUUUUUUGCGUUCAUGGGGUUUAGUUGUCCUGAGCGGAAGAAUGUAGCAGACUUUCUUCAAGAAGUUUUGUCAAAAAAAGACCAAGAGCAGUAUUGGGCUAAUCUUGAUCUCCCUUAUCGGUACAUACCUGUGGUGAAGUUUGCUGAAGCAUUUCGUUCAUUUCGUGCUGGGAAGAAUUUGUCUGAGGAACUGAAUGUUCCAUUUGAUAGACAUUAUAAUCAUCCAGCAGCCUUGCCUACUUCUCGUUAUGGCGUGAAGAGGAGAGAACUUCUCAAGACCAACUUUAACUGGCAGGUGCUACUGAUGAAACGGAAUUCAUUUAUCUAUGUUUUUAAAUUCAUUCAGCUCCUUCUUGUUUCUUUGAUCACGAUGAGUGUUUUUUUCCGAACAACACUGCAUCAUAAUACAAUUGAUGAUGGGGGCCUGUAUCUCGGGGCACUGUACUUUGCUAUGGUUAUUAUUCUUUUUAAUGGCUUUACGGAGGUCUCAAUGUUGGUAGCAAAGCUUCCAGUGGUUUACAAGCAUAGGGACUUGCACUUCUACCCAUGCUGGGCUUAUACACUUCCUUCUUGGCUCUUGAGCAUCCCAACUUCACUUAUAGAGUCCGGUUUAUGGGUGGCAGUUACAUAUUUUGUAAUUGGAUUUGAUCCUAACAUCAUUCGAUUCUUUCGCCAGUUCCUGUUAUAUUUCUUUCUGCACCAAAUGUCUUUAGCUCUUUUUAGAGUGAUGGGCUCCUUGGGUAGAAAUAUGAUAGUUGCUAAUACAUUUGGAUCUUUCGCCAUGUUGGUUGUCAUGGGUCUUGGUGGAUAUGUCAUUUCAAGGGAUAGUAUCUCACGUUGGUGGAUCUGGGGCUUCUGGGUUUCUCCUUUAAUGUAUGCUCAAAAUGCAGCUUCUGUGAAUGAGUUUCUUGGACAUUCUUGGGAUAAGAGAGCUGGAAACCACGAUAACAUGACAUUAGGCGAGGCAUUGCUGCAAGCACGUAGUCUGUUUCCACAGAGUUAUUGGUAUUGGAUCGGUGUUGGUGCUUUGUUCGGAUAUACCGUUUUAUUCAACAUCCUUUUCACUAUAUUCCUAACUUACCUCAAUCCUUUGGGGAGGCGUCAAGCUGUUGUUUCUGAGGAAGAGCUCCAGGAGAGAGACAAAAGAAAAAAGGGUGAACCUGUUAUUAUUCAGCUUAGACAGUACUUACAGCAUUCAGGUUCACUAACAGCGAAAAGUUUAAAUCAAAGGGGCAUGGUUCUUCCAUUUCAACGACUUUCCAUGUCUUUCAGCAAUAUCAAUUAUUAUGUGGAUGUGCCCAUGGAAUUGAAGCAGCAGGGGGUAUUAGAAGAUAGAUUACAGUUGUUAGUUAAUAUUACUGGAGCAUUCAGGCCUGGUGUGCUUACUGCUUUAGUUGGAGUAAGUGGUGCUGGCAAAACCACUCUCAUGGAUGUGUUAGCAGGUAGAAAAACUGGUGGAGUAAUAGAAGGGAGCAUAAAUAUAUCUGGUUAUCCUAAAAAUCAAGAAACUUUUGCCAGAAUAUCUGGUUACUGUGAGCAGAAUGACAUUCACUCCCCUUGCUUGACUGUUCUUGAAUCACUUCUGUUCUCUGCCUGGCUUCGGUUACCUCAAGAUGUUGACCUGGAAACACAAAAGGCUUUUGUUGAGGAGGUGAUGGAACUUGUGGAGCUCACCCCGCUAAGUGGGGCAUUAGUUGGUCUUCCUGGUGUAGAUGGUUUGUCAACUGAACAAAGAAAACGGUUGACUAUUGCUAUUGAACUGGUUGCCAACCCUUCUAUAGUUUUUAUGGAUGAACCCACAUCAGGAUUGGAUGCAAGGGCUGCAGCCAUUGUUAUGAGGACUGUGAGGAAUAUUGUAAAUACUGGGCGAACAAUUGUCUGCACAAUUCAUCAGCCCAGCGUCGACAUUUUUGAAUCAUUUGAUGAGCUAUUGUUUAUGAAGCGUGGAGGAGAGGUUAUUUAUGCAGGUCCACUUGGCCCCAAUUCUUGCAAGCUCAUUGAGUAUUUUGAGGCAGUUGAAGGAGUUGCAAAGAUCAGACCUAGAUAUAAUCCUGCUGCAUGGAUGUUAGAGGUCACUUCAUCAUCAGAAGAAAAUCGUCUUGGUGUGGAUUUUGCAGAAAUUUAUAGAAGAUCAAAUCUAUUUCAGCGUAACAAAGAGCUGGUUGAAAGUUUAGGCAAACCAAAUAGAGAGUCAAAGGACUUGAACUUUCCAACCAAGUAUUCUCAGUCAUUUUUUGAUCAGUUUCUAGCUUGUCUUUGGAAGCAAAAUCUGUCUUAUUGGCGAAACCCACAAUACACUGCAGUGCGUUUCUUCUACACUCUCAUCAUCUCGUUGAUGCUUGGAACUAUAUGUUGGAAAUUUGGUUCGAAAAGGGACACGCAGCAGGAGAUAUUUAAUGCUAUGGGAUCCAUUUAUGCUGCAGUUUUGUUCCUUGGAGUCACCAAUGGCGCUGCUGUUCAACCUGUUGUCUCUGUUGAAAGAUUUGUUUCAUAUAGAGAAAGAGCCGCAGGGAUGUAUUCAGCUCUACCAUUUGCGUUUGCUCAGGUUGCCAUCGAGCUCCCUUACGUGUUUGCGCAGACGCUUAUAUACUGCACAAUAUUCUACUCCUUGGCAGCAUUUGAGUGGACUGCUUCAAAGUUUAUUUGGUACACAUUCUUUAUGUAUUUCACCGUUCUAUACUUCACGUUUUUCGGAAUGAUGACUACUGCUGUCACGCCAAACCAUAAUGUGGCCGCCAUAAUUGCUGCUCCAUUUUACAUGCUUUGGAAUCUCUUUUGUGGAUUGAUGAUUCCUCACAAGAGGAUCCCCAUAUGGUGGAGAUGGUAUUACUGGGCAAACCCCAUAGCUUGGAGCCUCUACGGCCUUCUAGCUUCCCAGUACGGGGACAGUAAUCAACUCGUGAAGCUAUCAGACGGAGUACACUCCAUGUCCACAGGACUACUCGUUAAAGAAGUGUUUGGAUUCAGGCACGAUUUCCUUGGCAUUGCCGCUUUCAUGGUGGUUUUCUUUUGCAUGUUUUUCGCGGUGAUAUUCGCUUAUGCAAUCAAAUCCUUAAACUUCCAAAAGAGAUAACAAGGCAGAGCGGAUGCUAUGCUGCUAGAACCAUAAUUUAUGUUGUUGUGUUCAUAACAGGUAUUCAGUUCCUAUAUAGCUAUAUAUAUAAAUCC